UCCUGUUCCUCCCUCACACGGUAACCAAUAUUUUGAGCAGAAUAAGGAACUACCAGUUUCCUUAAAAUUCUCUUCUUACAAAAACCAGAAGCCGAAAAAAAAACCCCGAGUGUCUAUCUGUAGCGGAUGCUGGGCGGAGAAUCACUUCCUAUAUUGGUCUGGACACAAGACGUUUGCUGCCAUAGAGUUCCGCACUGCACAUCUUGGACGUACUGCAGCGCUGAUCGGCCACCAAGGUCCCAAACAGCUGACUUCUGCUGGACUGCCACCACGUGAAGUUGCCGGAAUGCAAGAACCUGAGAUCUGCUACAUCCUUGACGGCAUCCUCUUCCUCUAUGGAAUCGUCCUCACCGCUCUCUACUGCCACCUCAAGGUGAAGACGGCAAGAGCCAAGAAGGCGGCUGCCAGAGGGGAGCUUUACGAGCAUCUGAAGAGCCCGGACAAGCAGAUCUACAGCGAGAUUGGGAAGGGCGAGACCGAGAUGGCGCUGAAGGGAGCAGAGGGGAUCUACACUGGUCUUGGACCGACAGAAAAGGCGACUUACGAGACUCUUCACUGUCUAGAGAAAAAGAGUUCCCCGAUUGACGCCUGAUGGCGCUGGCUGUGUCUGCUGCUUGUAUAUAGCCGAUAAUGGGGACCCCUUCCCUCUGAGUUUUGCUCUCCUUGUGUCCUCAUGUCCCCCUAUAAAGCAAUAACAUCCAUGUCUAGCGGUCCAGAAAACCUUAUAGUGAUAGCAGCAAUUGUCUGUGUUUUUCUGAUUAGAGUUUAUUGAAAAAAAAAUAUGUCUGCAGCAGCCAAUCAUAAUUCAGCUUUCAUCUCCUAGUGUGUAGUGGAAAAAUGAAACCUAAAUUCUGAUUGGUUACUGUGAGCGGGCAGGCUUCAGUGCCCCCUGCAGGCCUACAUGCGUCUGUCCGCCAUGAAUGUAUGAACUGGCACCGUCCAUGUAGGCCCGGGAGCAGAGGCUCCUAUAGCACUUGUUUCAACAAACUUUAUUUGUAAUGAGCCCCUUUCUAAUGUCUGUAUAGUAAGGAUUGACAUUUUAAGAGGUUGCUUCUCGCUGACAUUUUGUGUUUUUUUGGUUCUGUGCUAUUAAAUGGUCGUGGUCAAACCCUC